ACAAAAGUCUAGUUCACAUCAUAAAACUAUAAAAUUAGAUUUUCGUCGAUAGUUUUGAUUCUUAUUCGAGUUUUCAUACUAAAAAUCAACGUAAUUGAUUACACAUUACUUGAAUCAUAUUUGGAGCAACCAAAAUUUUGAAAAGAAUUCCAAACAUCGGGCAACGAUGACGCACAGCGUGUUUGAAGUAAAUAACCAAUUGUCACAGAACAAUUUCGAAAAGUUUUACCUCGAUUCGAAUUCGGCUGAUGUGAAAUUUGUCUUUGGUGCUGAUCAUGUCGAAACUGUUCCAGCUCACAAAAUCAUCCUGUCAGGCAGCAGCCCAACAUUCAACACUAUGUUCUAUGGUUCAUUGCCCGAACAAGGUGAUGUCCCAAUGGACGACACGUCUGCAGCAGUAUUCAAGGAAUUUUUGCAAUUUUUCUAUUUGACCACAGUUCGACUCACGUCCGAACACAUCGCCGAUGUUACCAAUUUGUGCAAGAAGUACGAAAUGGUCGAAGCAUUGAAACUCUGUGAAGAUCCACUGCAGAGGUCAUUCACCAUCGACGGGAUGUGCUCUGGAUAUGAAUUGGCCAUUCUACUCGAUCUAACCGAUACGAUACAGUUUUGCGAGCAGAAAAUCAUACAGCACGCGGAAUCAAUUUUGAAAUCAACCAGUUUUCUGGAAUGCAAUCGCGAUCUGAUUGACCAAAUAAUUCAGUUGGUGAUACCGGAACUGGAACUAAAACUGAAAGUCGGCAGUGCAUGGGUGAUUGUUAAUGCAUACAUGGCAUGGACAAAAGCUGAAUGUGAACGAAACAAUCUGGAAGAAACCACAGCAAAUCUCAAAGCUCAACUGGGUCAAUCACUUGCUAAUAUUCCGUUUGUUGAUUUGAAUGCGGAACAAUUCGGGCGAUUCAUUGCCACGUACAAUGGUCUUUUGAACGAGUCAGAUUUGAUAACAAUCAUUCAGAAGACCAAGAAAAAACAAGAAGUUGAAAUGGAAAUGAAAAACCAAGCUGACCGCACGUUGAUUUGUGACCGUCGAUAUCCAAGCCCUUCUUCUACCAACUAUUCUGUUUUUAUUUCGAGUUCAAACAGGUUCACCGCAAAUAAACAACUUUGGCUGAAAGAAAUUUACUGCGCACGAUCAACACGUGAUUAUGCUGGGAGUCUAAAUGCAUUAAUCUAUCGCGCUGGCAAUAGAGUGUUGCCAAACCCUUUAUACCUAAUAUUGAUUUCAUCAUCUGAAUUACAUGCUGUACUCGAACAACCGAUACAAAUCGAUCCUCAAGUUGAAUAUGAAGUGGAAUUCUCGGGUGAAUCGUGGGCAGGACCAAGCUUUAAAUUAAAUGUUCAAAUGGGAGAUGGUUAUGAAAUUAAAUUCUCAAACAAUGGAUCAAUUUCCCAACUUGUCUUCCUGAAGCCAGACGCCUGAAAUCGUGCAGCACCAAAAUGGCUCAAGACAAAUUCAACAAUCUCAGUCAAGAGAAGAACUUUUAAGUUGUCUUACUUUGUCAUCUCCAUUCAUUUUCCGUAACUUUUUUUGAAAAUAAAAAAAAAUUCUGUUAAGUUUUUUCUCAUAAACGUACACACAUUUCUACGUUCGUUCUAAGAUUCAACAUUUAUA